UCCAAAGCUCCAAUCUUUCUUCCCUCCGAAGAAGACCCACCCACGUCCGGCCGGCCUCAGAGCGAGCGAGCGAGCGAGAGAGAGAGCGGCCAUGGCGGGCAAGGGGAGCAAGAAGGACAUCGACACCGUGCUCAUGCAGGCCAUGCUGGCCGCCAAGACGGUGCGUGCACAGCGCGACCGCCUCCAGCAGCUCCAGCACCGCCUGCAGGACCUCCAGGCCGACGCCGACGCCGACAAGGACAAGAUCGGGGACCUCGCCUCCAACCUCUUCAAGGUCUACUACAUCGGCCUGGAGGCCGGUGCCCGCAUGCUCACCACCUGCAUCCACCUCGCCGCCAAGAAGAGGAUCGCCGGCCUCUCCCCGCCCAACAUGGCCAUGGCCGUCAUGAACGACGAGCAGCUCCACGACGCGCUGCUCGCGCAGCAGUUCCCGGCCCGCCCUAGGUCCCAGGCGCAGGGCCUCGACCGCAUCAUGGCCGCCGUCCUGGCCAUCAAGCUGCUGGAGGAGCACCUCCUCCCGCGCUGCGUCGAGUGCCUCGCCGGCGGCAAGGCCCCCGUCCCCGGCAAGACCCCCGAGUCCUCCUGGCCCGACAGCAGCCCGGACAGGGACGACGACGACGACCCGGUCGCCGCCGCCGCCGAGGCCCUCGCCAAGGUCGACCUCUCCGACGGCCCAGACGCAACCGCCAAGUCCGGCUCCAGCAAGCAAGCCAGAGGCGGCGGCGGUGAGGUGGGCAAGGCGCUGGACUACAUGUACCGCGCGUGCAGGAUCGCGAGCCUCGCCGUGAAGCACAUCGACGUGGGCGUCUCCGUGCUCUCCCGCUUCAUGGAGCCCAAGAAGCUGGCCAGCCUCGCCGAGUUCUGCGCCGACCACGCCUACAUCUCCGAGGAGGGAUUCUAUCUGGCAUCCGAUUGAUCGAUCGACGCUGUGCUGAUCCAAGCCAUAUGCAUGCUCUCCUUAUCAUCAGUCUUUUAAUUUACCAUCCAUCCAGAUCCAGGCCUGUGGUUUCAGUUCAGUUUCGUCAGAUUUAUGUGCUGCCUGCCAUGCUCUUCUAUUCGUAUUCAGUUUGGUCAGACUUGUGGUUCCUGGACGGCCAGCAUGCCUAUCUAAUCUAUCUCAGCUUCAUCAAUUAGCUAGGGGAAACCAAUGUAGUAGUAUUGUAAUGUUGAUCUUCAUCUUAUCUUAUCUGUGGGACUUCACUUGAUCGAAUCGAAUUGCAGGAGCUAUCUUAAAUUCUUAAUUAGAUUCAUGUAUGGUGCUAGUUCAAUAUCGCAUUUGUGGACGAUUGAAUCGAACCGCAUGAAAAAAAUGGGAUUUUGGACGUGCUA